UCCUCCUCAGUGAGUCUUCACAGCACUAGUUCUAUAACCAAAAAACAAAAAAAGUUUGAGCCAACUUGUCUUUCUCUCUCUUAAGUCUCAAACCGCCCAUUAUCUUCAUGGCCUCUUAUCAGAGCUUGAGCACUUUGGCCAUUCUUGCUCUAGGGCUUGCCUUCUGCAUACAAGAAACUCUAGCAUGCGAGAACCUCAACAAAGACUCGUGUGCCUUUGCGGUAUCAUCUUCUGGAAAGCGUUGCGUGCUUGAGAAACAUGUUCGUCGGAGCGGCGAGGAAGUUUACACCUGCCGAUCAUCGGAGAUCGAGGCUGAUAGCCUCAAGGACUGGAUUGAGACCGAUCAGUGCAUUGCAGCCUGUGGACUGGAUCGGAAAGCGCUCGGAAUCUCCUCCGACUCUCUUCUUGAGUCUCACUUCGCUCAAAAGCUUUGCUCUUCUAAAUGCUAUGAUAGCUGCCCCAACAUUGUCGAUCUCUACUUCAACCUUGCCGCCGGUGAAGGUGUGUAUCUUCCCAAAUUAUGCGAAGCAAAAGGAGAAAUCGAACGUCGUGGAUUGUCCGAGAUCAAAAGCUCUGGAUACAUAGCAUCUGGACCCGAAUCAAUGAAGCCAGUGAAGUUCAUGGUUGCCCCAGCAAUGCCUCCUUAUUGAAAUAUUUCACAAAUACUCUAUUUAGUCGGUUCAGUAGAAGUUUUAGCAGCCGGGCUUGAGCACAGCAUCACUAUGCUAUGUGCCAAUGAGUCAGUGUGGGCUGGGUCUAUAACAAUUGUACUACAAAUAUAAUAUCAUAAAAAGUAGUGUGUGAUGACCAAAAUAGAUCCAAUAAGGUGAUGUUCAAAGUUAACAAUGUUAGUGUUUUAUAAAUGCAAAAUGCUAUUUGGACUUUAUUUAACGACUUUAUUUAAAGAUCUAAUGAUAUAUAACCAUUACAUUGGUUGUGAACUUCAUCUAAUAUUGGAACUCACAAUUAAUUUAAUGGUUACAUUAAAGUCACAUCAUUAUGUUCCUGAAUAAAGUAUCCAAAUAAGGUCUCUAUAGCAUUGUUAUUUAUAGAUUGUACCAAGUGUUUUAGUAGCUAGUAAGGAUGAUCGUAUAAGUAUACUUGUUUGUAAUGGGUUCUGGAGAUUAAAUAAAAGUCAUAUUACUUCUACUGCUCACUUUUUUGUCAAGUUUUUUUAUUUUUUUUUGAGG